AUGGCAAUUGAAAUGUUACAACUUGUCAACUUGUGGUCAGCAGCAAAGAGCCCAUGCCAGAAUGAUCAAGGGGAUUCAUACGCUGAUAAGUUGCCAGAGAUUUCAACCCAAACUCUAGGAGGUCACUAUGGAUGGAAGUCUCAACUGGACCCAGCAGGGCUGGAAGAGCAGGGGAGAAGGCGCGAUGGGGACAGAGAGAGGAGACACGAUGCUGUAAACUGGGCAACGGGACGGACCCCGAGCAGGAGUCCGAGGCCCAGGGUCUUCUGUGAGGAGAGGAGACGAGGACAGACUUGUGUGGAGCGUUUGUUCGACCACCGUGAUUGGUCCCAGGUGGCGAGUCGAGGAGGUCGGAGAGGAUUGAAUGGUGGAAAGAAAACUCCGUUAAUUGAGCUCCAACUGUUGCGCACAAAGAGGUUGAACUUUGAUAAGUUUGGUGCCUUUUACAUUUUCCUUUUAUAUUGUAUCUCUAUUAAGUACAGCCGGCCCUCCUUAUCGGCAAAUUCCAUAUGCGCGAAUGCAACCAACCGCGAAUCACGAAAACCCGGAAGUGCUCUUGUUGUUCGAGCAUGUACAGACUUUUUUUUCAUGUCAUUAUUCUCUAAACAAUGCAGUAUAACAACUAAACAUAGCAUUUACAUUGUAUUAGGUAUUAUACGUAAUCUGGAGGUGAUUUAAAGUAUACGGGAGGAUGUGCGAAGGUUAUUAUGGAUCGGGAUCGAAAAAAAAUCGGAAGUUCUCUUACUAAGUAAGUCGGAACAGGUACAUCCAGUAUUAUUUAGCAUCAGUUAGUCAAAUGUUUGUCUUCACAUAUAGCAUAUAUUGUACCUUUCUAUGCAUAUAAAACACUUAAGAACGUAUGUUUCAGCGCCAUGCUUGGGAACAGAAUUUGAACCAGUGUCAGACCCCUGUCGAGUGUGCUCUCCACCAUGCCGGGUUGAUGUGGAGGAUCAAAAACUCAAAACCCCAAAACCCAAUAAUUAACCAUUGCGUCGCUUAGUAAUAAUUGUACCUUUCAUCAGGGCAGGGCCUUUCUCACUUUAUCCUUUAAAAUUGUUCCGAUCAUUGACCAACGUAGCCUAAUGCUUUUGCAAUGAUCGAUGGCAUUUCACCUCUUUCCGAUCGCUUUAUUAUUUCCACUUUAUUUUCAAUCGUUAUCGUGAUUGUUUUCGUGAACAGAAACACUGCAGAUUCAGAUCUCUGCUGCUGGGUCUUAAUAUCCACCACACUGAAACAGGUUAAAUAAGGUCUGGGGUUCCGCUGAGUCCUAAUGACCACCGCAUUGAGACAGGUUGAAUAGGGGUCUUGAGCAUCCGCGAAUUUUGGUAACUGCGAGGGGUCCCGGAACCAAUUGCUCAUGGAUAAGGAGGGCUCAC